AUGAAUCAAAGAAAUAAAAUGGACAACCAAUCCACUGUGACAGAAUUCCUUCUGAUGGGAUUUUCCAAUGACCGUGGUGUACAAAUUUUGCAUUUUGUGAUGUUUCUCUUCAUUUACUUAAUUUCCUUAAUGGGGAAUUUUCUCAUAACUAUUGUCGUGAUCAUCAACCACCACCUUCACACCCCCAUGUACUUCUUUUUGGUCAAUUUAUCACUGUCGGACAUUUGCUACAUCUCAACCACUGUCCCCAAAUCCUUGGCCACUUCUUUGACAAAUGACAAAAUGAUUUCUUUUGCUGGAUGUGUGGCCCAGGUUUUCUUAGUUAUCACCUGUGCAGGUUCUGAGCUUGCCUUGCUCACUAUCAUGGCUUAUGACCGUUAUGUCGCCAUCUGCCAUCCUCUGCAGUAUAGCCUAAUCAUGAACAGAGAGGCAUGCAUCCAAAUGGCAGUUGCUUCCUGGAUAAGUAACUUGAUCCAUGCAUUCUUACAAACUUGUAUCAUUUUUAGUUUAAAUUUCUGCAGCUCUAGUAGGAUUGGCCAGUAUUUCUGUGAUGUCCCUCAGUUACAAAAGAUUUCUUGCACUGAUACAAAAGUUAGCCAAGGCCUGAUUUUGGUCAUUGGGAUUAUUGUGGACUCAUUUUGUAGUGGGUUCAUCUUUGUUUCUUAUGGCUACAUCUUCUCGGCUGUGCUGAGGAUUCCCUCAGUUCAAGGCAGAUAUAAAGCUUUCUCUACCUGCACUCCCCACUUGACUGUCUUUUCUAUAUUUAUUAUCACAGCUGUGUUUUCUUACAUGAGGCCUACAGCACUUUCUUCUACAACUAUUGAUUUGCUGUCUGCUGUUUUGUACACAGUUUUGCCUCCACUACUGAAUCCCAUCAUUUACAGCUUCAGGAACAAGGACAUCCAAGAGGCUGUAUGGAAGAUUAUAAAGAGACAUAAUGAAACGUCAAUCUAUUCAUAG